AUGCUGUCCACACCCAUCAACAACACACAGAGCAGCGCUCUUCAGACUCGCCAACGGCUCCACCGGAGACAAAAGUCUACCCCGGUAGCCGCGUUCGAGGCGAUGAAGAUGAGCGGGUCCUCUUCGCCGCCCUCCAAGCAGCAGCAAGCCGCUGCCGCCGCUGCCGCUGCCACCAUGCAGCAAUCUGCACAAGGACAAGCGUAUCCUCAGGCUCAGUCUCAAGCACUUUCACAAGCACAUCUGCAGAAGCAGCAAGUAUCUCGCCAGGUUGGACACCGCCGGGGUCUGAGCCUCGAUACGAGACGGCAGCAGCUGCAGCAGCGCCACCAGAGACAACAGCAGAUCCAGCAAUUGCAGAACCAGCAGAAGCUAGAGCAGAAGCAGCUGCAGCAUCAGCAUCAACAGCAGAAGCAGCAGCUCAUGGCAGCAGCGGCCGCGGCGGCAUCCGCAACCACUAACCAAGGACAAUCCACAGCACAGCAUGUUAUGCAAGAUACGCAGCAGCAACGCACAGUACGCCAGGGCAUCGAAGCCCAACAAUUUGCUAAGCGGUCCCGUGAGCAAGCAAUUCUCUUCGCGCAACAGCAACAGCAGCAACAACAACAACGGCAGCACCAGCAGGACUGCGCUGAUGCUUCCUUCGACUUCUACAAUGGGCCCACUGCCGCCAUGAUGAGAAAGUCGCUCUCCGGCGGUGGCCUGCCCAUGCAACAGCAAGAUUUCCAGCUCUUUGCAAACUCCGGCCACCAUGGUCUCCAGCCUCCCACAGCAUUCAUGAACUUCCAAGAUGCCAGCAACACUGCAGGCUUCCCCCCGUCAGCUACCUCUCCGCAAGGUUGGGCGUCCGAAGACGAUACCUCUAGCACACGCCGUUCUUCGCGGAGAGUCAGCAACGGAAUCCUGGAUCGGGUGUCCAAAUUCGAGGGCAUGGCCAUGGAGAUGCAAAGACCAGCUACGCCUCCCCACCAGAAUGAAAAUAAAUAUUUCCCGCCGACGCCGACGGAAACUCCCCUCGAAAGAAUGGAGAAACAUCAGGGCGCUCCUCGUCUCGACCGGUUCGCAGACCACUAUGACGAGUCUAUGGAGGAGACCCUGAAGCCACAGCGGAACCGAGGGCACCACUCGAACCGUUCGUCUGGUGUCUUUGAUGACCUGCGCCAACAAGCCGAGGCCAUGGCUUUGGCCACGCCGCCUCGGUCUAACAUGAUCCGGAUGCCCAUGACUCCGGCUGACUUCAUGGGUAUGAACAUGCAGAAUGGCGGCUUUGUUGCUAUGCCCGUUCCGGCGGACAUGCAGCACCUGUCCCCACCCCAAUCCCAGCACCCAACACCUGCCACGAUCCAGGGCGUGUUUGACAGCAACAUCGUGGGCAACCCCGAUGUCUUUGCAAAGUCCGAUCUGUGGGCCACCGAGUACGACUCGCAGUCCACCGUCUCGCCGUUUGGCUCGGGCCGCCCUGCUUCGCCCUCGCAAUCCGAGACCCCCGGCCCGUCCCGCCACAGAGCACCCCAUAAGCGCAACGAGUCGAUAGCCAGCAUCGCGAGUGCCGCCAGCAUUGCGAGCAUCAACAUCGACGAGACCCGGACAGAGACUGGUGUUACUCUUGACGACAUUGCCAUCUACAUCGAAGGACCCAACCCUGCCGAUGGCAAAUGGCGGUGCCUGUACGAGAACUGCGACAAACGCUUUGGUCGCAAGGAGAACAUCAAGUCCCACGUUCAGACGCAUCUCAAUGACCGCCAGUACCAGUGCCCGCACUGCCAGAAGUGCUUUGUUCGCCAGCAUGACCUGAAACGCCACGCCAAGAUUCACACUGGUGUGAAGCCAUACCCAUGCGAGUGCGGCAAUAAUUUUGCCCGCCACGACGCCCUCACGCGCCAUCGUCAGCGUGGCAUGUGUAUUGGUGCUUUCGACGGUGCUGUUCGCAAGAUUGGCAAGCGCGGUCGCCCUCGCAAGUCCCGCCCUAGUCUGGAUGCGCGCCGCGACAAGUCGUCUCGCACUCGGUCCAAGAACAAGGCUUCUGGCAUGGGUGGUUCGGCAUCCCCUGAUCGCUCGUCGCACUCUGGUUACUCUGACAACUCAGCGGGUAAUUCACCUCGAAGCGAUGGCUCGGACAGCCCCUUCGACGAUGAUCUAUUUGAUGGUAUGGACAGCCAUACUAUGGAUAUGGGCUUUGCCUCUGGCGUCCCCUCCUUGGGAUCUGUUUCGAAAAGCACAAUGAACCCCAGUGCUCUCGCAGUGUCCUCGGCUCCCAUGCCCGGUUCCGGCAUUUCUGCACAGGAAAUGGUCAACAUUAUGCCUGUCGUGUCGCCAGCUGAGCAAGCCGCCGCGAUUGCUGCGUCGCCGUCCGCUAUGAGCCACUACUCGCACGUGUCCCGCGCAUCUCUUCCCGGCAGCAGCAACGACGCAGAGCCUGAUGAAUUCUUACCGACCAACUUACCGACUUCCCCAACCAAGAGCGUGGCUAGCCACUACUCCCACCAUCCCGGAACCCCUCCUGAACUGUCAGCGUCGAGCUCGCCGCCGCAGUCUUCUGCUCGCUUCUUCGAGUUGGACCCCAACUCAAGUUGUGCAGACGAAGACGCGAUUGGUCUGAGUGCUCCUUUGACAGGUAGCUGUGGUCCUCUCGAAAUGGAUGUGGGUAACGUCUCGACCGGCACCAUCGAUGAAGACAUCUUGUUGAUGAAGGCCUAUAGCGCUGAUGACGUGCUCGUUCAACUUGACGACUCCGGUCUCAGCAUGCUGAACACGAGCAAAUUUGAUGACGAGUACGGCAUGUUCACCAACAACGAUGACGUCUUCUUCGGUAACAACUGA